AUGCGGCACGUGCUUGCGGGUGGGAAGACCGGUUUUUGCGAUGCUUCGCGAUCGCGUCCGCGAAAGAAACCCGCGAAACACCGGCGCAGCUGACGGCUUGUGUACAUCCGGCGGUUCAAUAUGACGGCAAAAACGGUCAUUGCAUUGCUGCUGCUGGUGCUGACAGCGGGCUGUGCUGACUGCCAAGGCCAGGGCAAAGGCUUAGGCCGUGGCAGAGGCCAUGGUCACGGCCAAGGUCACGGCCAAGGUCACGGGCGAGGCAAAGGUGGACCUGAUGCUGUUGGGGGCCCUCUGACAUCGGGCCCGCUCCCCGGAGGUGGCGGAGGAGGCAACUUUCGCGAGUCCGGUGGCUUUCGGCAGACUGAGGGCCACCGGGUAGAGGAAGGCUUCAAGCAAACCGAUUUCUUCAAUCGAGGCCAAGGCAACGGAGCUGCUUUCUUGGGCACUAACGCCGGAGUGCUUGAGUCGGGCCUGGUGCAGCAAGUGAAGGGCAAGUUCAAGAUUAUGGGCAAACUUCGCGGAUAUUCAGCCGCUGGCAGCUCUUUGCAGCAGCAAGGGUAAUAGUUACAGAACCAUUGCCAGAACAGCCAUCACUUUGCAAGCUCUGCCGAAGCUGUAUAUUACUAGCGAUCGAAGAAAACGGAAUUUUCUUUUUUUUUGUUCUUAGCAAAAACUUGUGCGUUAGUUGUUAUAAAACUGGAACCAUAAAUUCCCUGACUGGCACAAGAUGCAACGUUUUUUUCUAGCCACACUGAAAUGAAAUAUAAGCAUUCUGAAGUGUACCAGCUCGCUCAUGAACUAAUGCAAGCCCACUACAGCUAACGAACUUGAUCAGCGUGUUCUGUAUUUUGAUUAACGAAGACGGUGCAAAUAUCUGAUUGCGCAAUCAUAACCACAAAAUUUAGUGCGGUAUAAAAAGUGCGCACUCCCGACCAGACGAAAUCCAUCAUAGCAGCCACAACCUCUGAAUUCUACGAGUAGCCCGUCUAUAUACUACGCCCGUCUAUUUCCAUUACGUUUUUUUUUUAGGCUUUCAAGGCUCAGAUUUAACCAGCACUUCAAGUAUUCGACAGUUCAAUAAAAUAUGUGGUUUGGUUGAAACUGCAGUUUUUUUUUACACUAACAGCAGUAUAGUAAUGUUCUGGACUGUUACAGAAAAUAAACUUCAAAGGGUGGUAUAAAAUUAUAAAAAUAUUCAUUUGCAAGCUCAUCAAGCGCCAGGUAUCGCACGUUCAAAGACAAGCAUGAACGAAUCUACCAGGGCUGCCACAGUGUCCACAUAAUGGCGACGCGAGCACCGAGAAACAAGCGUGUGCUUGAGCCAAAGCGAACAUGAGCGGCACACCUUUCGCUUUGGCGACCGCAGAAGGCGUCUGGCCGUGGGAAUGGUGGCUAGAAAGAUUUUCUAUCCACCCUACCGUGGGGCAGCAUGAUCACGUGGCUUUCCAGGAUCGUGGCCUUCCUGGUACCGGAGCACCGCCGUGCUCCGAUAUCGCGCGUACGUAUCCGCUAUAUCAGCGUGCAACAGUCGUCCGAGAUAUACAUUCCUGUCGUGGGUGACAUUACUGUCACUCCCCGCGAUGUAAGCCGAGCGCUGGAUGUGGAUCCCAUAUUCUACUCCCCGAGACGGGCAGACCAAUUUAGGCUUACCUAGGGCAAACAGCUCGAUCACAAUGGCUGUCACAUUAGUGGUGCCGGAACGUUCACGUUCGGGCUAUGUGCCACUUUGACCUGAAUGCCUCCUGCUGACAGUCCUUCACAAAACCUGCCGUACUAUAGUGUGUUUGUACAGUGUUUGUACAGGGCGCAAGAGCCUUAGAACACCAUGUGUUCUACAAGUGUUUGUGUAGGUUACUGUCGCUGUAGUCAUUUUCACUGCAUCCGAAUUUUCAAUUUGCCAUUUAUUUGUACGUACACAUAUUUUAAGUGUAUAACGUUAAUAUUAAUUCUAGAUUGAUGUCACUUUUUGGCCUUUUUCUUGUUUGUAUGCGGGAACACGUUUAAUACACAGUUUUCUUUCUCGUGUGCCAAAACAGUUCGUAUUAUUUUUAAGUGUCUGAAUAAUGUGGAGGAUGCAAUGUAAAAAAUAAAAUGUGAUGAAACGAAA